UCCGGUGCUUCGUUGCAAGCUGAGAUCAUGAUCACCAACGAGGCAGACGUGAACGUGAAUUAUGGCAACUUUUUGCUAUCCCUCGCCGAAAACCAGAGCAACCUUCUGUCGUUUGACGUCAAUAAUUCGCAGCUGGCCAUCAUACCCACCGAUCCCAAGAGUAUCGAGCAGAUCUGCGAAAAUGAUGUAACAGCCUACUUGAUUAACGGAGUGGAUUUGUUCGGCAACAAUUUCAUAAACGAAAAUUUGUUCGGCGAACUGGACAAACAGGACACCGGCGACGACGGUGGUAAUAUCGACGUAUCGGGCAAACCGAAAAUAAUAUCCAUACAGAUAAUCAAGCCGGCCAAUGUAAUCAAUGGCAUCGAUAAUACAAAUGGUACAAACGAACCCUUCGAUUUCAUGGAUGCCGCGCUAUUGAGUAAAGAGUUGUCGGAAAAGUUGCCGAACUACCAGCAGCCGAUUGAUAUUGAGCCAAAGGAGGUGACGAUACUGGUACCAGAAGAGGAAAUGCACCUUUUGGGCCAAGGUGCGGAUUAUGCGAGCCAGAAUAAUGCGAUUUUCGCCGACAACGGCAACGUACAGAAUACGCAGAGCCAAAAGACUGCGCAUCCCACGAUGGAUUAUCCGCUGCCGGAGACGGAGAUACAAAAGAACAUACGAGUCUUUGACAUGAUAUUUUACAAUAGCCACAAAAUCAAGCUGCCCAAUCCCAUGUGGGGCUACCACAAGAACAGCGUCGACAAGGACAUUAUCAUAUUCUCGAAGGCCAAGUGGUUCAAGUCGGACGUACUCAUACCGCCGAUUUAUGAGAAACAGGUAAUAUUCCACGAAAGCGACGACAUAAAAAUCUACAUAAACAACAAAUUCUCACCACUGGAAGUUCGUCGGCCGAAGGACUGUGGCGAGCUCGAGGUCAUAUUGCGCGACGUGGACCAAGUCCCGGUUUGCAGCGGUGGUCCCAACAUAACUGAAUUCGACACCGGUCCCUGCGCCCAAAAGGACUACGUUGUAGGUCGCUGGAGGCACAAACUCUGCCCGGUCGUGGUGUCGGCCAAAGAGACGAUCUGCAAGUUUUGCGCCGAAAUACACGAGAAGGCCAAGUAUCCGAAGCAGAAAAAACCGCCCUUUGGACGACGCUUCGCCAAAAGAAAGGAGAGCUGAUGCAAAACGUCUAUGGAAGAUGAAUCAGAAAGAGAGAGGUGGGAAAUAUACGAGCACAAAUCGGAGCUGUCGACUGACUGAAUACAUGUAUAUACUUACGGCUUCUACUGUGAACUGCGUGUGUGUAUGUACAAAGAUGACACCAGCUGCUAUCGAUAAACGUUUAAGUCACUCUGUUCUCAACAGCUUGAGAACAAGUACAAAUUUAAGUUUUUUUUUACGUUAUUUUUUUUUGCAA